GAGCUUUCCCGCUGGGUAUGCGUUAUUGGUUCAUCGCUUUUUCUCGCUUCAUCCUUCGGCUUCUCGCAGUCCAUCGGAACUCUUCAGUCUUACCUGCAGCUCAAUCAGUUACAAAACUAUUCUGCAAGAGAUAUAGGCUGGAUCACUGGGCUCGACACUGCUCUCGCUUUGCUGUUUGGUCUUCAAGUCGGACCUCUGAUGGACCUCUACAGGCCCAAACUCUUGGCCCCAGUCGCGAUAGCACUCACAGUGUCCAAGUUCUUCUUCUUGGCUGAAUGCAAAGAGUACUGGCAAUUCCUGCUCUGUCUAGGUUUUCUCAGUGGGGUUGGUUCCGCCGUAUCCUCAUCCCUUGCAAUAUCUUCGAUUAGCAAGCUAUUUUCUCGACGGCGUGGUUUGGCGAUGGGGGCAGCCUUGGCUGGCUCAUCAUUUGGCGGAGUCAUAUUCCCUCUUAUUCUUCGUCGAACUCUACCAGGAAUAGGCUGGGCUUGGAGCUCCCGAAUGCUUGGGUUCAUUAUCCUUGGUUUCAUGUGCGUCGGGUCACUGUGCCUUCUGCCGUUCACCCGCCUGGCUAUCCCGUUGGCAAACCCGACCGAGAAGAAAUCCGCAGCCAUCACCUUUGAAGCGUUCCGAUCCGCCCCAUUUUUGUUUAUAACAGUUGGACUUUUCUUGUUCGAGAUCUCAAUCAUCGGAAUUGGCGUUCUCCUCCCUACGUUCGCGGUUGAGGCCGGCUUUCCGUCCAGCUCGGGAUUCACCCUCGUUGCCACUCUGAAUGGCUGCUCCUGCCUGGGUCGUCUUUUACCCGGCUUUGCGGGAGACCAUGUAGGUCAUUUCGAUGUGAUUCUCUUCAUGGUAACGCUCACUUCCGUCUUCACUGCGGUUCUGUUUGUUCCAUUCGGCACCAAGUCUGUGGGUGUUCUGUAUGCUUUUGCUGGGCUAUGGGGAUUCGGAUCGGGGUCUUUUCUCUCUAUUACACCAGUUUGCGUUGGGAAAACAUGCGAUCCCAAGGAUUAUGGAAGAUAUUAUGGAACUUGUACCUUUGUCGUUGCUUUCGGUGCUCUAGGCUCGUUGCCCGCUGGGGGCGCUUUAUUGGAACAGGUAGGACCAUUGGUGGCGGCCGCACUUUACCUUGGUACCGUGGUGCUGGGCGGGGCUUGCUUCUACGUCGCGCGCUCACUGUUGAUCAAGAAGUGGGUUGUGUUCAGGUCAAACAUUUGA